CUCCAGAAUCCGUUACGGUACCGAUGUGAGAAAUAGAAGGCUGUGGAUUUGACAAAAGUGUGGCGCCAUAUUGCCUGCUUGUGUUUGGUUGCCGUUGUGGCGCGUGGUCAAGAAAGAAUUAUUACCCCUUAACGGAGUCGCCAUGUCCGAUAACCAGGAACAGAAGCCCGAAGCCGGCCCAGGUGACGCGAAUUCAGAGUAUAUCAAACUCAAAGUCGUAGGAAAUGACAGCAAUGAAAUUCACUUCAGAGUUAAGAUGACCACCCAAAUGGGAAAGCUGAAAAAAUCUUACAGCGAUCGUGUGGGAGUACCAAUGACGUCGCUCAGGUUUCUUUUCGAUGGCAAGAGAAUUAACGAUGACGAAACGCCAAAGCAGUUGGAAAUGGAGAACGAUGACGUCAUUGAAGUUUAUCAGGAGCAGACAGGUGGUCAGUACUGAAGGAUCAAAAGGGAAGGCCAUGUAAUUUGGUUUUAAUAUGUUUAAAGUGAAAGUGAUUAACGUAUAAAAAGAAUGAAACUAAAAAAAAAAACAAAAAAUGGACAAGAUUAAUGAUAUGGAUAUGUAUGUUUAAAAAAAUCAUUUGUAAUUUAAUUUCGACAAUUUAACCUGAAUGUGCUGUUUUACAUUCCUAUAACAUAAUGGCGAGUUAACGAAUUUUGUUUAUUGGGCCUUGCUCUCGAGCUGCGCUCAAUCAUCUACAAACAAUCUCGUCUAACAGUGCGUGCAAUUUACGUCUAUUAUUUUAUCAGCGCAUAGAUUGACAAUUACACCGUCGCACUGCUACUAACUAUGAUUUUUAGAACCAUCUGUAGAUAGCAAUGCAAUCAUCGAAUAUCUAGUUUCGCGUGAAUAAAUACGGUAGAACCUGGGUGUUGCGAUACUGAACUUUCAAAAUUGUCACACGUCAAAUUAAUUCAUUACUAUCCGCAAUAAAACAAUACUUGAAAAUUUA